AUGGCAGCUUCGUUUGGUCGUACGUUCCUUCAGGUUGCAGUCCUGGUUGCGGGUGUUCUGUGCACCGGUACGGAAGCUGGAUUCGCUGCCGCCCCCUUGGUAGCCGCCCCCGUUGCUACCACCUACCUUGCUGCAGCCCCCGCUCCGGUCGUUUUCCCCGCCCAAGGUGUUCUCCGCUCGGCGUACAGCCAGGUCGUGGGCCGUAGCUACGCUCCCUCAUCGUUCGUCCCGGUGGCAACUUCGUUGGCCUACGCCGCCCCACCAGUGGUCGCCCCCGUUGUCCGUGCCGUCCCAACCGCGUACGUCGCGCCACAACUUGUCGCCGGUCCAGUCCUCAAGACGGUGGCCGCUCCGAGUGCGGUGGCUGUUCCGCUGGCACCUCGUUUUGCAGCCCCUCUUCCUGUAGCCGCCCCCGCACCGGUGGCCCCAGUCGUGCGGACGGCCGCCGUACCCGCAGCCAUCGCACCCGCCUUCGCCCCAUCAGCGGUUCUCGCGAGCCGUGUCGCUCCAUUUCCCGCUCCGGUAGCUCCGGCUCCCGCUCCCGCACCGGCCGCAUCACUCCCGGGAGUUAUCGAAGCUCGGGAUGCCUCGGCACCAGCUGCCCGCACUGGACAGACCACUUUUCUGACCGCAUUCGGAUCGCCCGAAGGAAUCCGGCUCGGUUUUGAAGGAACGUCACUGGCCGGCGUUGCCUCCACCAGCGUUGAGUCCGCUCGGGCCGCUCCAGCUCCGAACCCACAAAAUACCGCCUCAGGACGGGGCGCUGCCACCCCAGCACAAGCUGCCUCCAACCAGGAAACCUUCGGCGUACCCCAGCCCGCUCCUUUCCCCGAGUAUGGCCUACCGGCUUCGGUAAAUCCAUAA